AUGGCGAUGGCAAUGGUUGUGGUGGUGAUGAUAAUGAUGAUGGUGAUUUAUACCCCACCAGGAUUACAGGAGGUAGUAUCUGCAACUGUACAGGCCAAACCACCAGUCAGCAUCUCCUUUAUGUCUCCUAAUGUCUUCUUGACUGCCCUUUCAAACCAAGGGGCAGUUCUCCUGGUGGAAUGGUCUGAUGUCACCAGGGGCCUCCUGCCUCGGAACCUUCAGAGCUCCCCACAGGACAGCAGCCCUCUGGCCUCCACAUCCACCUCCCCAGGGUAUAUUCCUAAGCUGAAGUCCUUGAGGAAGAGGGGUCUGAAGAGGGGCAUGUGGGCUGUCACUAGUAUGGAAGGAACCAAGCUCUGCAUGAAGAAGAGAAGGAGAGCCAAUUUCCGCCCUGAGGAUCAGGAAGCCUUCUACAGACUUCUUGAGGAUCCUGUCAUCCAGAGUUUCUUGGAGGCUGAUGUUUUCCUAAGAGUGUCUGAUAAGUAUCUGCUCUCCAUGGUGGUUGAAUAUUUUGGUCGAGUGGGACUCCCAGGAGACUGCUAUAAUAGGAUCCAUUUCUUCUUGGCCCUCUAUAUUGCCUGUGACAUGGAGGAAGACAACCCUGUCUCUAAAUGGAGCAUUUUCCCCUUUGUGCUUGGAAAGGAAGACUGGCCCAUCCUCUAUAAGGAAUUCCUAAGGCUACAAGCAGAAUUCUUCCAUGCAAUGGGUGGCAGAGCCUGGGUCACCCCAGAGAUAUGUGAAGAGAUCCAGGCCCAGAAUCCACUUCACUGGGUUUGGACCCGAGAACGGCACUACCUCCCCUAG